AUGGCUAAACCAUCAUCAUCUGAGGAUUCUGCUACCGAGAAUCUGCGGAGAAGAAAUGCUCCCAUCAGGGCGAAUACUGAGGAAGAUGCCAGAAAAGCAGUGCUCGAGUUGAAUGCCCUCGAGGAGAGAGAAGCCAAAGAUGAAAAGGAUCGAAAGACCUUUGGCCGCACUCCUGAUGGCACUGUCUUCACUGUUCCACAGACCCAUGACAUGGUUUCGCAGCUCCUGUCUCCCAAGGAGCCCAAGAACUUGUCAGACAUCUGCGUGCUAUUGAUUCUGUUGCUACACGCUCUUUUGGCCUGGUGUCUGCCCUCAGCCUUGAGAAAACCUGUUCUUGCCGCCCUUUUCUUGUCCUGGCGAGCCGGCUACAAUAUCGGUAUUGGCUAUCUUCUUCACAUGCAAUCUCAUCACAGGCUGCUGGUUAGGUGGGCCAGAAAAUCCAAGCUGUUCCCAGUUGCCUCCAAUGGCAAAGACCCUCAUCCGAAACUCCGCGCGUUCAUCAAGAGAGAAUUAGAAACCAAAAUUCCCAAGGACUACGACUUCGACACUGCUCCCUUAGAGUACAACACUUGGCUGGUCUUUCGCCGUCUUGUCGACUUGAUUCUCAUGUGCGACUUCACCACCUACAUGCUUUUCGCUCUGUCCUGCGCUCAUACCCCUGCCACCGAGCCCGUGCUCCUGACUGCACUUCGUUGGAUUGUCGGCAUGUCCCUGUUCGUGUUCAACAUCUGGGUUAAAUUGGAUGCGCAUCGCGUGGUCAAGGACUUUGCGUGGUACUGGGGUGACUUUUUCUUUCUCAUCGAUCAAGAGUUGACGUUUGAUGGGGUUUUCGAAAUGGCGCCUCACCCAAUGUAUAGCAUCGGCUACGCAGGUUUCUACGGAAUCUCAUUGAUGGCUGCCAGUUAUAAAGUCCUCUUUAUCUCAAUCAUUGCUCAUGCAGCUCAGUUUGCCUUCCUAGUGAUGGUUGAAAGCCCUCACAUCGAUCGCACCUACCACUCUCCGCCCCCACGAAGGGCCAUCAACGAGUUACCGGCAGCAGCACAGAUGGAAAAGUCUUUGGCUGAACACAGCUCGACGGCAGAAGUGUGGCCCAACCCAGCCAACGCACAGCCCUCUCAAACGCACAACUUGCUGGGCAUACACAACAUCGAUCUCUAUCGAACUACAGACACGGCCGUCUUCCUUUUACAAUUCUAUCUGUUUGCCUUGACCGUCCUCACGCCCAACACAAGGUUUUACCAGGCACUCUUUGUCACCAAUGCAUCCCUGUGGCGGAUUUGGUACUCCGUUGGUAUCGGCUAUUUGUUAAAUAGACAAUCGUCGAAGAAGAAAUGGACCCGCCACUUUCUAAAGUACGGUGAGAGUACGGGCGAAGCUUGGAGACAAUGGAAAGGUAUCUAUCAUUUGAGCAUGACUCUCUGCUAUUCGAGUUUUGCUGCUGCUGCAUGGAAGAUGUACCGCAUUCCCCUGAACUGGGAUGGUGGGAUGGCACUGCCCAAACAUGUCAUCGGACUAGGGUUGAUUGCUCUCCAACUCUGGGUUUCAUUCAGUAUCUACGACCAACUUGGAGAGUUCGGGUGGUUCUUUGGGGAUUUCUUCUUCGACCACUCGUCUAAGCUGACCUACGGUGGCAUCUAUCGCUUCCUCAAUAACCCAGAGCGCGUCCUUGGGACGGCCGGCGUCUGGGGCAUAGCCCUUAUCACGAGCAGCAAAGCCAUGUUCUGCCUCGCCUUACUGAGCCACACAUUGAGUCUAGCGUUUAUUCAGUUUGUGGAGAGACCGCAUAUGCAGAAGCUUUAUGGAAGGAGCCUUCGACAAGAUGCCGGACUGGUCAGGAGUCUUCGGAGAUCACUUCCACCACCUUUGCGACAAUGGCAAGACGGAAUGGAUAAAAUGCUGGGUGAUGCUUUUGAUGUCCUGGAAGAAUUCUUUGAUGCGGCCAAACCCAAACUUGCAGCUGGUGUGACCAGCAUUGUCGAGGAUACUAAGAGCCUGUUGCCCAAGCAUUCACGUCGUUUGACCAUGACAAGGGUGGAGCCGGAGCUUUCUGGGUUGGAUCCGAAAGACUACAAGCUGGAGAUCGAGGGGACGCCGGCAUCUUCCCUCGCUCAUUCUCAACGCUCGAGUGACAGAGAGUCCGAAAAAGCCAGAUUCCCGGCAGAACGAACAAACGACUUCAAACCCCUGCUUUUCGAAUAUGGUGCGCCCAUCAUGGUCAGAUGGACAGCACCGCUCAACCACGGGAAGAAGGACUGGGUCGGUCUGUACAUGGUGUCAGACAACAAUUCGCGUGAAGUCACCAGACUGUCAUCGUCGGGAAGAUGGAUCGCCACGAACCGCGACGAGUAUGAACUCCUCGAUUCCGAAGUCGGCAUCAUAUCCAGCGAUGUCAGGAGCACAAUGACUACCGAAAAGGGCGAGAUAAAGGAAUGCUUUUCUGGGGAAAUGAUCUUCUCAGGCGACAAGUUAUGGUGGACUCAAGGCGUCUUUGAAUUCCGGUAUCAUCACAAUGGCAAGCACAAUGUCAUGGCAAUCUCCCUGCCGUUCGAAGUACGCAUCCCGCGCUUCAGCGACGAUGAUCUCGAGUCCUUCGACACCAGCAUUUCCAUGUCGACCCCCAUGUCUCUCCAAAAUGAUGCAAUCGUUCGCCAUACCAUUGAAAACACUCUGUUGCCGAUCGUACAGAAUUGCUUCGACCGCGACCCCGAGAUUGCGCCACGCACAGUCAAAGAGCCAUUCGGGAGCCUCGUCGAGCGGGAUGGGAAAUUUGCCAAGCGUGUGGUUUAUGUCAUUCAUCAGAUGUUUGGGAUCGAAUUUGCGCCAGAGGUCGUCAAAGCUGACGGGAAAGUCGAGAAUCUGGCGUGGCGGAUCUGGGAGGCGAAGAAGGUAUUGGCACCGUUUACUAUGUCAAGAUCAAAAGGGCCCGGGACGCCGGUCGAGGUCGAGGUUGAAAAUUGA